UCGUUUGAGGCUGGGCUGGAACUGGAGUAGGUGGAUGAUAACUGGAGGGUGGGAGGGAGAAAAAAAGGAGAGAGAAAAAAAUCACCCAGAGGGACUGAUAGUUUACCGGCACGAUCUGAAAAGAGAAGUCUGCAUGUAGCACUGGUAAACCAAAGGAAACGCAUUUAAAUUCACAAAUUAUUCAGUAAUAAUUCCAAAUGGUUGCUCUGCCAUUUUUAGUAACGAACGGGAACAAAUUAUUUGGCAGAGCAAUAAACUGGAUGCCUGUACCGUUUUUUUAGUUCACAAAUCGAUGACAGAAACGUAGUAUAGUAUAGGAGCGCAGUUAUCUUCAUUUAGCCGUUUCUUUUUGGAGGGUGCUCUCAUCGGCAUUAAAACGAAGAGGAACGGUGGACAGAGCGUACUCUUACGGGACCUUGAAAGGACUUGAAAAUUCCCUGUAAUCCACUGCAGCAGGGGAAAAGGCUACACGUUCUGUUCUGGAGUUUAAAGUACAUCGUUAUUAACUUGGCCCACAGAAAGCAGCUGAGAACGCGGACGCAGUCACUGGUGACCAUGGACCGCACACUCCCCCUGGCGCUGCUGCCUUCAUUCACAGCCUCCCUGUGGUCUCUGCCCGGUGUCCGAGCAACCAACAGCACCCCCUACGGGUGCAGCCCCGCUGUCAGCGUCCUGCACUACAACCUGUGCGACCUGGACGCGGUCUGGGGCGUGGUGGUGGAGGCGCUGGCGGCGGCGGGCGCAGUGACGGCCUUCAUCCUGCUGGUGGUGCUGGUGGCCAGCCUGCCGUUCGUGACGGUGGAGGGGCGGAGGAGCGCGGUGGGGCUGCAGGCGGGCCUGCUGGUGUGCACGCUGGGCCUGUUCGGCCUGGCCUUCGCCUUCAUCGUGGGCCGCGACUUCGCCGUCUGCGUGGCCCGCCGCUUCCUGUUCGGCGUGCUGUUCGCCGGCUGCUUCUCCUGCCUGCUGGCGCACGCCGUGGGCCUGAACGCGCUGGCGCGGCGCGGGCGCGGCUACCGCGGCUGGCAGCUGUGCCUGGCGGCGCUGGGGCUCUGGGCCGUGGAGGCCAUCGUCAACACGCUGUGGCUGGUGGUCACGGUGGCGCGCUACCCAAUCAGCUCCCCCGAGGAGCCCGUGCCCUGCGCGGUCACCAACCCGGACUUCGCCAUGGCGCUCAUCUACGUCAUGGUCCUGCUGCUGGCCGUGCCGGUGGCGGCGGCGGCGGCGCUGGGCGGCGGGCAUGCCGAGUGGCGCCGCCCCGCCGCCUUCAUACUGCUCACCGGCGUCCUCUCCGCGGGCAUCUGGGUGGCGUGGGUCGUCAUGUACGUGUACGGCAACCGGGCGCACGGCGGGCCCGGCUGGGACGACCCCGCCCUGGCCAUCGCCCUGGUGACCAACGGCUGGGUGUUCCUGGCGCUCUACGUCAUCCCCGAGGUGGCCGCCCUGCAGGGGGACAGCAAGGACCCAGAGACCCCGGAGGGGGACAGCUACCCCCCGGAGCGGGUGGGGUACGAGACCAUCCUGAACGGGCAGAAGGACCAGAGCUCGCACAAUGUGUACGUGGAGAACAAAGGCUUCACCAUGGACGAGCCCAACACAGCGGGCAGGCCCGUGUCCCCCUACAGCGGCUACAACGGGCAGAUACGGGGCUGCGUGUACCAGCCCACCGAGCUGGCCCUCAUCACCAAGGGCCUGAGCAGCAGGAUGGACAAUUCCCGUGAAUCGGGUCCCCCCUGGGUCACCUCCGCGUCCCUCCCCCAGUCCAGCUGGAGCUACACAGCACGGCCAGACGAGAGACGUCCUGUCCCAGGACAGUCCCAUGGGGGUGGGAACGGCUUGCAGGUGCGGCCUAUGUGGUGAAGCCGGCUCCAGGCUCCGGCUGCGGAACACGGGUGCCGCUUUUCGGUUUCCCCUCCCUGUAUCUCCCCCUCGUCCCGUGGUGCAAUUGUCGCUGUGCGUGGACACGGACACGCGCUGUGGGUGUCGGCAGUGGAGGCCAUGGGACCCUGACUGUCAGUGGGGGGGGGGAGGAGGAAUGUCUGCUCAACAGUCACUGCUACGGUCAAGACACAAAGCCCCCCCCCCCCCCCCCGAAGCUCCCCCACACACACACACAUCAAUGACCAUUGUACCAGAGGACAGUGACCCUACAUAUUCAGUGACCCUACAUAUUCUACCAAUGAUAGUAAAAUAGGAACCGGUGUAACAUACAUGCCUACAUAUACAAUAUUCUGACACUAGAGAAUGAGGGAUUUAAUCUGUGUCAGGUUGCAGUGUGAAUUAGCAAACUCCUGCAAGCAUACGCAAGUGCACGGGGCACACACUUUACUGUAGCAGUCCCAGAGAGUAAAGCCAGGUGUAUACUUUAUACGAAGGUAAACCCAGCCAAAAUCGAACCAGAGCCGAACAGGGCGCUACAUGCAAACGUGUGUAUGGUCAUUGCAGCUUCAAACCGUUCCUUUACUGACACCCCUCGACAGUGAACAGCGCAGAUUCAGAUUCUGUAAUUGUGAUAACCAUGGGGAGCAUGGAAGCGGAAACGUUUUCUGCUCUAAGCGCAGAAACCAACAAUGAGUUGAUGAUGACGAACUUCAGCAAAUGAAAGAGGACAAUUUAGAAGCCGCUGUAGUUUAUUUAGCAUUGCAAGAGAAAAGAAAAAGAGAAGGUGGUGUGUUUGCCCGCCCAAUCAAAUGAGCAUACAGGAUGAAGGGUAUGCUAUUUUCAGGAAACAGGUGAGAUGAUUUCCCAGAAGGCAAUGAGGCCAUCCAUGUGAUAUUUUAAGCCGCUUGCAGGCAAUCUCCGCAUUUACAGUGGUAUGCAAAUCUCUCGGUUAGCUCGCCCAGGAGGCAGGUGCGCACCGCAGUGGCCAAAGUCAGUGAGUUUUGUUUUCUCUGCAAACGCGUCAUCAUACGUCAUUUAGUUUGUGCAACAAACUCGCUAAAGUUAGCUUCCGCAGCAAGUAUACACGCAGCCUAAGAGCGAAGAAACUGAUGAAGGAACAGAGAAGAGAGAAAUGUGAAUGAAAGAUGAAGGGAAUGCAUUCAGCUGUCAGAGAGGUGUUGAAGUCUUCUAGUUCACAGCACCACGGUGUUCUCCCUCCCUUAAACUAACUCUGCAUUGAACUUUGAACUUUGAACUUUUAAAGUGGAACUUUCAGCAGCUGGGCAGGUGAUGUACUUCCUGUUUCAGCAAAGCUGCGGGCCCAGUAAGGCCCGUGUUGAAGUUCAGAAGCCAUGUUUGGUGAACUUUUAUCUUUGAACUUGAACCAGGCAAAUUUAAAGCUUAAUGUAUGUGUGUGUUUGUGCAUAUAUGCACACACACAUAUAUAUGUACAGUGCCAUGAAAAAGUAUUUGCCCCGUUCCUGAUUUCCUCAAUUAUUUCCUAUUUGUUACACUGAAUGGUUUCA